ACCAGCUUCCCUAUUCUGACAGGCUACGUUCAACAUCAGCUCUUCCCUACAGCAAGUUUUAAAAAUGAAAUAAAUAAAAAAAACAAUCAGCCAGAAGAGGUGAGAGUUCCCAGAGGCCACUGACACACUGGCUGAGACGUGGCCUGGAUGGAGAGAAUCCAGUGAGCGCUUUCUUAAUUUGGGACGUUUCGAGUAGGACCCAGUAAUGGGGAAUACACAGGCAAGUCAGCAGUCUCAAGAGGACUUCAUACAAACUACUACCAGUGACGACCUGACAUCAAGAGUGAGUGAGAAGGAGGCAGCAGUGGUGCUAAGCGACUACCCUCCCUCUGAGAUGUGUGAGCCCAUAUUCAGGAGAGGAGAUUGGCUGAGACUCCUCUCAGACGAGGGCUACUGGUGGAAAGUAUACUCUGUCCAGACCCACAAGGAGAACUACAUCCCAAGAUGCUAUGCAGCUAAGGUUUACCACGGGUGGUUGUUCGAGGGUGUCGCAAGGCAAAAAGCUGAAGAGUUGCUCUGGCUACCUGGGAACAGAGUAGGCUCAUUCUUGAUCAGAGAGAGCACAGGAGGUACCUACAGCUUGUCCGUGCGCCACAGGGCUAUACUGCAUUACCGGAUAUUUCGCAUGCCAAACAACUGGUACUUCAUCUCGCCACGUCUCACCUUCCAGUGCCUCGAGGACCUUGUCAACCACUACUCUGAUAUAGCUGAUGGGCUGUGCUGCGUUCUCACUGGACCCUGCCUGGCUGCCAGUGGUCUGACCCAGAGCCAGCCUUCUCAGGCUGCUCUCAGGAGACCACACAGGUUCACCUGGACAGCCAUGGACAGUGCCGACCUCAUGCAGCGGAAUGCUAAGGGCCUCCCUGCAGGCACAGGCUGCAGCGUCAGUUUCGGUGUGCAGGAAAGUGUGUCCUCCUAUCUCUCCGUGGCAGGAGUGGAAGUGACACGGAAGCGCAGCUGGAAACGGAAGAAGUGGACGUCUGUACGCACACACCCAGUGCAGAAACUCAGCAGCAUGGUCAUGGAGGAGGAGACCUACGCGGAGGUGCUAUAGUGAACCACGGGAAACAAACUGGGGGGAUGCAGCUGAAAGGUAUGGUGUUAAUAGCCAAAACCUAAACAGAUGUUAAACAUUCAUUUGGAAACAUUA